GUCCAAGCAACGAUGCGACCACUACAAACCGAUAUCUGCACUGACCACGCGUGUGUCCAUAUGAAUGCUCACUCGCAGCCCACCUGAUCCAUCCACCAAUCCAUCCAUCCAUCCAUGCAUAUGCACCCCCACCCAUGCAGCAACAAGCACAGGAAAACAGGCCAUUCCUUUAGGGUUUAGGGGCGUCUCCGUCACAACCAAUCAGCCGCAGGGGUGCAGAUGAGUGAGUGGGUCAAGUGGGUCAACACUGAGCAGGCCGCGCCACGUCAAUCCUACAACCGACGGUGCAUAUCCCAUUCAGAGCAGUACACCCUCUUCCCAACCACUGCUCACAGUGCCACACAUGCCCCUCCCUCCCUCCCUCGAUGGCAUCGCAUGUGUCUGUGUUCCCGUCCUCGUCGUCCUGUUGGCUAUCGCGACGGUGCCCUGCGUCGCUGGCACGGCAUCGUCUUGAUAAGCAACAGCAUGACGAGGACGAGCCACACAAAACAAACUUCUUGGUGCCAUCUCAGACACACUUGCCCCAAAUACACACGUACACACCAAUACACACGUACACACCAAUAAUACAAAAGGCCGCAACAGCCUCACCAAUAAGAUAAAAGGCACACACAGUCAGGCGGCGAUUCUGACGCUCAUCCAUUCAGACUUACGUAUCGGAACACCAAAAAAUGGCUCCUCCACUAGGCCUCACUCAUCGUGGAAGGUCUGCUGGAUGCCGAGCCUAUCAUAGUCCAUCCCCAUCGACUGCAUGAACCCCUCGGUUGCAGCCCAGCACCGCGGGUACCGACCAUGGCCACCCUGCGCACCAGAGAUGGGCUGCUCGAACGACCGCACGUCCACCCCAAUGGCCGUGGGCCCUUCUCCGACAGACACCAGGGCUGCGUACGUGUCCUCCGCCUUGUCGCCCGCCAGCCCGAUGUAGCGCACCUUGAAGUCCUCGGGCCACAUGUACUCCAAGACGGUCUUGUCGGUGAUCGGUUCGUCGAGCAGCUUCAUGCCGUCGGCCUCGCUCACGUGCCCCCUGGCCAGCUGGCCUCUGGUCAGGUGCUCUCUGGGCACUGCAGGAAAGUCCAGGAUGCUGAUGGAGUGCGUGAGGAUCCGCUGGUUGAUGUAGCCGCUGAAUGAGGGAUAGAUGAAGGAGAAGACGACAUGCCGAGCGAGUAUGCGGAUGGCAGGGUCCUUGGCCUCGAAUGCUGCUUGGUAUGGGUGGCCCUCGAGGCCUUCACGAGGCACGACAGCGAUGUCCUCUGUGCCGAUGCGGUACUGGCGCCUUCGCAGCCGAGUCAGCCCGAGAGUGCCGUCCUGGUCAGUGUCCAGCUGCCCUCCGAAGGCGGCGAAUUGCGCGAUGGCGUGGGGCAUGUUGGACAUGGCUCUCUUGUAGGGGAAGGUCAGGUGGAGGGAUGCGGGGCAUAUGGGGACGGGCAGGCUGUUGCUGCCGCUGAUCAUGCGCUUGUUGCGGGCGAUGUAGAUGCCCUUGGUCCAUCUCUUCCAGCCCUUGGUGACGUCCAACAGGUGCGCCGACCGCACAAGAUAGUCGAAGUAGCUGAGGCCGACGGGCAGAGGAAUGCUGGUCGGCUGACGCGACACGUCGAGCAGUCCGGUCAUGCCCUCGGCCGCCAGGGAUGCGUCGAUGCGGUCGAGGAUGAGUGCGGGUGUCACCCUGCGGUGUCCAUCGGCCUUGUUGGUGCGCCGCAGUGCCACGCAGCUGGCCAGAUCAGAGCAGAGGAGGAUCAGUGAGAAGAUGACCUCGUCGAUGAGGCUGAAGAAGCACACGCCAUCGGCGGAAGGAACGGACGUCUUGUCAGCUGGCGGCAUCGCGCCAAGGGAGAAAUACUCCUAUUCCUCCUUGAACGAGGAGAGAGCUUGACUUACGAGCUUGCGAA